CUAGACUCGGGCAGAGGGACAGGUACACUUUACGCUUUCAGAGAGACGCUAAGUGUGGGAAAAUGUCGCCUAAAUUGAACUGCAGAUAAUCCAAAAGUACUUUGGCCCGGACUGAAAACAUCAGAAGGUGUGCCACAUUUGGAAACGGACAAAUCACUGCUGAUGGUAUUCUCCUCUCCACUGACUCAGAGGUGCUCUGCGUUUCAACAAAAUGGAAAUUUCCUUGCAGAAGCAUCCUCAAGUGUGACGAUAAUGGCAUUUUCUCUUGGUUCGAUGUCACCCAAUCAGACUGAAACCUCCCAUUAUUCUCCCCCUGAACAGAUGAGCGCCCAUAAUCAAGUUCGGACAAUCAGCCGAUCCUGAUUGGACUCUCUUCCUCUCGAAACAAGUCGCUGCCUGCAGCCGCCGUGGAAGCCGGAGUCACCAUGGAGACGGUGGUGAUCGUGGCGAUCGGGGUGUUGGCCACCAUUUUCCUGGCCUCCUUCGUUGCCCUGGUGGUGGUGUGCAGACACCGCUACUGCCACCCUCACGACCUGCUGCACCACUUCGACUCCAAGCCCACAGUGGAUCUGAUCGGAGCCAUGGAGACCCAGAGUGAGCCGUCAGAGCUGGAGCUGGACGACGUGGUCAUCACCAACCCUCACAUUGAGGCCAUCUUGGAGAAUGAGGACUGGAUAGAGGAUGCCUCUGGACUGGUCUCUCACUGCAUCUCCAUCCUCAAGAUCUGCCACACUUUGACUGAGAAGCUGGUUGCCAUGACAAUGGGUUCGGGGGCAAAGGUCAAAGCACCAGCCAGCCUAAGUGACAUCAUCACUGUGGCCAAACGCAUCAGCCCCAGGGUGGACGACGUGGUCAGAUCCAUGUACCCGCCUCUGGAUCCAAUCCUCCUGGAUGCCAGGGCCACCGCUCUCCUGCUUUCAGUCAGCCACCUGGUGUUGGUCACCCGCAACGCCUGUCACAUGUCCGGCAGUAUGGACUGGAUCGACCAGUCGCUUCACGCGGCCGAAGAUCACAUGGUGGUUCUGCGCGAGGCAGCGCUGGCCUCUGAACCAGAACGAUACAUACACGGAGCCGACUUUCAGAGAGAACAGGCCAUCUAGAGCAAACACACAAACAAACAGCAGCAGCAGCGCAUGCAAAUCUGUCCGUUUUAUCCUUGAGCUGCCCUUUUUUUCCUUUUUUCUGCACUCAAUCAGUACUUAACAGGCAGAUGUUCUGCCAGGCAGUUUUGAAAAGGCACACUUCCCAAACUCACCAUCCAAUCUAAAAGGACACUUAGCAGUAAACAGGCAGCACUGUUGGGUGCAAACAUUUUUUUUUUCUUAUCAAAUUUGCAGCGAAACGUUCUUCAGCAUCGUAGUAAUAGCUGACAAGUACAGAUAUAGGGUUUUUUUUAUAUGUAACCCUGCUGCAGAUCUUUUCAGUCUUGCUCUAUUUAAAGUGUAAGCUGCCUGAAAGUAAAAGGCCUUUUGGAAAUUUCUUCUCGAGUGCGCCAUCACCCAGCAGUGGGCCUAAAUCCAAUCUCACCAGCACUGCUCAGUCACAUGAAGGCUUAGUCAGCUAAUCCAUUCUGAGGAAAAUAACACCCAGUUAGCCAGUGAACCCAAAAGGGCUCCGACUCAUUGGACCAAUGGAACCCCAGCCAGAUGUAUUUACAAUUUGUGGGGUCAGCGUGACUUGUGGAAAAUCCCUCAAAUACUCUUGCGCCGUUUGAAAUCACCCGUCUGUGAUUUUUCCCAAGAGCAACACCUGUAGUUUCAGCCACAUCAGCAGCAGCAGAGAAGUUUUUCCAGUUAAAUAAUGCUCUUUUGACCAGUUACUGCAUUGUGUUAUGAUUCAUGCAGGCUCUUAUUUACAUAGAAGCUGGUGUCUGUUCUACUGAAAGGUUUUUAGUCAUGUGAGUGGUUUCCAGAGGAUGAAUCCUAUAGACUUUGUUGAUCCACUGAACUUUCCUCUACAACUGCAGGAUCACAUUUCUGAUUUAUAAAAAUGGCUUGGACAUUCAUGUGCCCCACAGCAUGGGUCAUUAUUACUUUGGUCAAAAAUGUACACAUACUGGCAGCAAAGUUGAAUUUUUCCAACACUACAACUUGGGCUACUUCACAUUCCAAUCAGCCUGUAUUUUUGUUUACUUUUAAGUAGCAUGUUUUGGCAUGCUAGCACGCUAAACAAAGGUGAUAAACAUCAGCAUGUUAGCAUUGUCAAUGUUGAAUUAAAGCAGGUUUAAUGUUUACUAUCACUGUUGAGUUUGUCAGCAUGUGUUAGGUGUUUAGCAUUAUACCUGUUAUACAUCAGUAUGCUAACAGUGACAACAACAAAGCUAACAUGCUGAUGUUUAGUUGUUUAGAGCUAAACUUUACAACUGCCAAACAUCACCACGUUGGAAUUAUCACUGAGAGUGUUAGCAUGUUAUGAUACACUAUGAUAUUUUGUUUAGGCUAGUGUGUUAACAUGUGUAAGAUGCUAAACAUACCUGCUAAAUGUCAGCAACUCCAUCUUUGUUUAGUUUUUUUGCAGGAUCAUUGUGAGUGUAGCCAUGCUAAUGUGCAGCAGGUAUCCAUGAGUUUCAAAUGUAGUCCUACACCUGCCAUGUUGGGGACCCACAGGUGUUUCAAACUAAUGAAUUAGUUCUAAGCCAAUCAGAAACACAACUCAAAUUGAAACACCUGUGUUGGUCCCCAACAUGGCAGGUGUAGGACUACUGAAACUCAUGAAUAUAUUUUAGCGUCUUUGUUAAAUGUGUUAGCAUGUUUUAGAUGCUAAACAUUAUACUGGCUAAAUAUCAGCAUGUUCUUAUUGUGAUGUUAUCAUGCUGAUGUUUAGCAUCUUUGUUUAGGCUAGUGCGUUGGAUGCUAAAUAUUAUAACUGCUAAACAUCAGAAUGUUAGCUUUAUAACAGUUACUCAUGUAGCAUCAAACCACUUUUAUACCUAAGUACAGCCAGAGAUGUUAUAGAGCAGCUAGCAUGGCUGUAGAUAUCCUAUUUUUCCCUUGUACAAAGUCAGUAGACAGUGAGUCAAGAAACACUUUUAAUUCUGACAACAAAAUGCUUAAAAAAGCUCAAGGUUUGCUAUCAAAUUCAACUGCAGCAGCUGUUUUCUAUCUACAAGAGGAAAAGGAUGUUACACCAGUAUAAAAGUAGACAUUUUAAGAACAUCACUAGUAGCUGUUCGAAGUGUUGCUGUAAAUGUUGAGCUGUCACACACCGCUGAGGGAUACAGUCUGUCUUCAUGUGUUGCCAUGUUGUUGGGUUUUUUUUUUUGAACAGUGUGUCGGUUGAGGUGAAGCAGAAUUAGCGUGCUGUUUCGGGGCCGGAGGGAUGUUAUUGGAGCAUAUCUAUCAUGCUUCUCCAUGCAUAGCUAAUGGUGAAUAAUAAGGCAUUACCCACAGCCACACUGAACACAUGGGCUUAGGCUACAAUACACAUGGCACAAACAUUUGUACACACAAGGCUGGCAGGCAAAUGAACACAUGAGUACAUCGAAUGACACAUGACUGGUAAAUACACAUGAUGGAUCAGGGAGUCAAGCACACGUGUUUGUUUAAGAUUCUGGUGACAAUCAGGAGGAAAAAACAGCAGUUUUUAAAAAUCUAAUGAAAAAAGCUGCAGCUCUGAACAUGCAGAGGUGUUUAGAUGGAUCGAUCGAGAAGGAAACGUUUAGAAAGUGUUUAGCCUUUUAUUUUUUUUCUUGUUUACAUUGUUUAUUAGCAUUGAUCUUUUUUUUGUAAGCACUCCUUUGUUUUCUCAUCGUUAUUCCACAGAUUGUUACUGAUGUCUUUCCCUCACUGCCACACACCUCUCUCUUUUUUUUUUUGGUUUGUUUAUCUUCAUUGAUUUGUACAGAUAAAAUUAAGUUUCAUAGGAAAAAUGCGUUGUGUGUUUUUGCUCUGAACGAUAGCUACAGAGAAAUCCAUGUCUGAUAAAAAGUCCACACACUCGUACUAAUUUGACAUAAAUAAAAGUGAAUUUCCUCUUUUUAUUA